UACCACAAAGCUCAGUGUUACUCAGAGACUGAGCAAGACAACAACUAUGAACCUGAUUCUAUCCGUUUUGCUUGCUCUUUUCCUUUCUGUUCUCGGUGGGCUGUAUCUCCUGGGAGCCUUCCGCAGACGCCGUCCCGGUGAGCCUCCACUUGAUAGAGGCCUUCUGCCAUGGUUGGGACAUGUUCUUGAGUUCAGGAGAGAUACUGCAAAGUUUUUAGAGCGAAUGAAAGAAAAACAUGGAGAUAUUUUCACAGUGCAGCUGGGCGGUUUUUAUUUCACAUUCAUCAUGGACCCUUUGUCAUUUGGAUCAGUUGUGAAAGAGGCCAGAGCAAAACUAGAUUUCAAUGAGUUUGCAAAAAAACUUGUUGAAAGAGUAUUUGGAUAUUACUCUAUGGAAGGUGACCACAAGUUCCUCCAAAUGUACAGCAACAAGCAUCUAAUGGGUGAUGGGCUAGUUGUAAUGACCCAGGCUAUGAUGAGCAACCUCCAGAAUCUUAUGCUGCACAGUGUUGGUUCAGGAGACCAUCAAAAUGGCUGGCAGGAAGAUGGACUUUUCAAAUACAGCUACAACAUUGUUUUUCGAGCAGGAUAUCUGGCAUUGUUUGGCAAUGAGACAGCCACAAAGUCAGGGAGCCUGGAGAAAGCCUGCAAAGCAGAUCGCCUGGAAUCAGAUGAACUUUUUUAUGAGUUCCGCAAGUAUGAUCAGCUUUUCCCUAAUCUGGCAUAUGGCGUCCUUGGCCCUAGUCAGAAGAUGGAGGCAGAGCGUCUGAAAAAGAUUUUCUGGGAUAUGCUGUCAGUACAGAAAAUGAAUAACAGAGAUAACAUCAGUGGUUGGGUCCUGGACCAGCAGCAAGUCAGAGCUGAAAACGGAAUGGAGGAAUACAUGCAGAACCGGUUUAUGUUUCUUCUCCUUUGGGCAUCGCAAGGAAACACAGGCCCUUCUGCCUUUUGGCUGCUUCUCUUUCUGAUGAAGCAUCCUGAAGCCAUGAAGGCGGUGCGAGCUGAGGUGGAACAGGUACUGCUCGAGAGUGGGCAGGAGGUGAAGCGUGGAGGACCCCUCGUUGACCUGACCAGGGACAUGCUCCUGAAGACACCAGUUCUUGACAGCACUGUGGAGGAGACCUUACGUUUAACAGCCGCACCUGUCCUCACCCGUGCUGUACUGCAAGACUUAUCCUUGAAGAUGGCUGAUGGUUGUGAGUAUAGCAUCCGGGAGGGAGACAGAGUGGCUCUUUUCCCCUACACAGCUGUGCAAAUGGAUCCAGAAGUUCACCCUGAUCCAACCACUUUCAAAUAUGACCGUUUCCUCACUUCAAAUGGUGAAAGAUUGACAGAUUUCUACAAAAAAGGGAAAAAAGUGAAAUACUACACCAUGCCCUGGGGGGCUGGUGUGUCCAUGUGUCCAGGGCGCUUUUUUGCCACCAAUGAGUUGAAGCAGUUUAUCUUUCUACUGCUGUCAUACUUUGACUUUGAGCUGAAAAACCCUGAGGUGAAGAUUCCUGAUAUUGAUGUAAGGCGUUGGGGAUUUGGGUCAAUGCAGCCCACGCAAGACAUUCCCUUCAAAUAUAGGCUUAAAUUCUGAUAUAAUGAGAUUUGUGUGUUUUGUGUUGUGUGUAAACAAUGUAUGCAUACAUCUUCAAUAACUACAACAUUUACUGUAUAUGAUUUAUACUUUUAUAGGUUUAUGAAAUGAAUGCCAAUGAAAUCACAUAUACUUCCCAAUAUAUCUUGAUCAGUCACCAUUAGUUUUAUAUUCAAAAGACGAAGUGAAUCAAUUUGACUUAAACAGAUCAUUGUGGUAAUUUUUUAGUUUUGCUUGGAAAGAAAUGUUAAUAACUAA